AUGUUCUCUGGAACAGCUGCAUCCGGCCUGGUAGUCCCAGACAAUGCAUGGGACUCGCACAUCCAUAUCAUCGAGCCGGACAAAUACCCCUUGGAUCCGGACAGAGAUUACACCCCCAAGGCUGCAACUCGCCAGCAAGCGGCAGCCUUCCAGCAGUCACAGGGCAUCAAGCAUGCAGUAGUAGUUCUGCCCAGUGUAUACGGAACAAACAACAGCGUGCUCAUCGACGCCCUCCGCUCUUUCAACGGGACUUAUCUUGGAGUCUGCGUACUCGACCUGGACGAAGAGAUCAGCAACAGCACUCUGCAAGCCUUCCACGACGCUGGAGUUCGUGGUAUUCGGGUCAACUACGGCAGCUCUGGCACAGAUGAGCAGAUUACGUCUGAUGUGAUCAAGGCUGCAACCAUCGCUCGUGUCCAUGACUGGGUGCUGCAGAUCUGGAUCCCUGUCAGUGCCUUCAAGACCCUGCACUCAAUCAUUCCCACCCUUGGUGUCCGCGUCGUGGCCGACCACUAUGCCCACGCGACGGUGGGCUCUCGAACCGACAACACCCGCAAUACAAUUGACCCCUUUACCAUCCCCGGCUUCAGCGAAGUCAUUGACCUUGUCAAUAACCACCAACUGUUCGUGAAGAUCUCCGCGCCGUACCAGAACUCCAAGCAAGAGCCUCUGUACAGUGACAUGCGUGUAGUCGCUGAGACACUCAUGAUUAAUGGCCCCGACAUGGUUGUGUUUGGGAGUGAUUGGCCGCACACGGCCAGCAAGGAGGGCAAUGGUCCCGGUGGGCCGUUGGUCCCAUCAGACUUCCGGGACAUCGACGACGAUGCUAUCAGGAAUCAAACGCUGGAGUGGGCGGGAACCCAAGCCCAGGUUCAGCGCCUGUUUGUUGAUAAUCCGCGUAGGCUGUGGGCUUGGACUGAUACAGAGUCCUAG